AGAAGUUUUCCUCACAUAAAAAACAUCGAAUUAAAUAUCAAGAAAACAUCGCAUGAAUCUGUGUUAGUUUUGUUGUCUUUUUUUUUUACUAAAAGGAAAAAUAAUGACGUUGGACGCAAGAAUUCAGCAGGAAUAUAAAAUUCUAGCAGAAUAUAAAAUGUUGAUGAGUGAAAAUAUUCGUGGAGUCUAUGUUAUUCCUUCACAUGAAAAUCCCCUACAGUGGUUUGGUGUCAUCUUUGCCCGGGAUGGUGUCUAUAGAGAUGGAAUCUUUAAAUUUUCUCUUAGUCUUCCGGAGAGUUUUCCAAAUGACACAAAAGCACCUGUGAUAACGCUAAAGACAAACAUUUUUCAUCCAUUCGUUUGUCCGGAAACGAAAAAACUGGAUACGAGGGAUGCUUUUCCAGAAUGGGAUUCAUCUUGUCACAUUUGGCAAUUGCUAAAGUACCUCAUAUUCAUCCUUGAGCAUCCCGAUAUGUGUCUGACAUCACCACUAAAUGAAAAGGACGAGGGUAAAGGUGAAAGGAAUAAUGAGGCACUGGAGAUGCUAAAGAACAAUCGAAUGGAAUUUGUAGCAAAUGCCAAGAAAUGCGUGGAGGAGAGUCAAAAAAAGGUCUUCGAUGCACCUGCUGAAGACGAUAAGCAUGCAAUUGUUUUUGAACCAUGGCAAGAUGGUGUACAUGCAGGUAUCCUCGAAAGGAUAAAGAAUAAUCAAACAGCGGAAAUUCCACAAAGUGAACCAACAGAGAAAGCAACGGAAUACUCCUAGGAGGAUGAAAGUUUAUUCUUUUUUAUUAAUUUAAACUAAGGCUACAAUUUAUUAAAAAGAUCAGCAUUAAUAUUUUCUUAUUUUCUGAUCUUUGCGUCGUUGAUCUUGAAUAAUCUUCCUUGCAACAUCCGUCAUGGCGAUUAUGAAGACAGAGAAGAAGAUAACAGCAGCAAUUGUUGAGUAGGUUUUAAAUCCCGGAUAAACUGGCCCAGAUGGUUGGAAGAGAGAUAUAGCCGGGGCAGGUGUUGAAGUUGGUUGUGUUGGUUUAGCCACUGGUACUGUGGAAGGUUCCUGUUGCAUUUGUGGAUGAUCCCCAAUACCUGGUGGAUCAAUGUGAAUGGAGAUUGUCUCCUCUGGACGAACAUCCAUUACUCCAGUUUCAAUGCACUACGAAAGAAAUUAAUUCACUUCUCUACACAAAAUUAAUCAAGUAAAGAAGAAUAGGAAGCUCACCGUUGUAUGGAUAUCACCCUCUUCGAUUUUAUCAACCCCAUAAUCAUCCCUAGCAUAGAUUGUGGUCAAUUUGGCUGACAUAUUGAUCACGGAAAGUGUUUCCGUUCCAAUAACCCGCACAAUUGCCGAUGUCUUGGCAGGAAGGCGCUUCACAACAGACACAAUUCCAGCUUGGACCUUCUUCGUCAACUCCCCAACAGUAUACUUAAUUGUACCUGUUUCCUCGUGCAGAAUAAUUGGAACACCCGGUGCUAGAUCCAAAAGCAACGUAACAUUGACUUUCUUCUCAAAAUCAUACCUUACCAGGGAUUCAACGAAAUCCGUGUUUAAAUGGUGAUUUGUGAGGUUCACAGAUGUGAGAACAAUUUGAUCCAAAAACGUCACAUUGCGCCAUCGAUCGUAGAUAAUGUUGGUUAGCUCAUAGGCAACAGGAAGGCGUUCCAGGAGGACAUCCGCAACAUCUGGUGAAUCACUGAAAGUUAGAAUAAUUUGCAAAAUUAUUUCAAAAUCCUCAAAAUAAAAAUGGCGUGAUUUGGAAGCUCGAAGAAUUCCAGUAGUGAUCACUAGAAGGUUCCAAAAUUUCGAUGAAAAAAUCCUGGAAAAUUCGCCAUGAAAUGUCAGUGAUGAAAUGUGUUAGAUUUUACAUAAAAAAAAGCAUCAAAUCUAAAUCAUAAAUCGAACACACAUAAUUUACUUUAUUCAUCGAUGGAGAUUUGAUAAGAAAUCACAGCGAGGGAUUAUGCGUAUAACAAAAGUACGUUCACUAAUGAGGUCAGAACACGUCAUUUGUGACAAAUUUUGGAAGGAUUAAUUGAUUUUUACAGAGAAUUUUGAUAGUAAGGAGGAAAAACUCAAAAUAAGGAUAUUUUGGUAAAAAAAAAAGCAUACAUAUUGGUGAAAUAGGUGAAGUGGGGAGAAUAUAGUGGUGAAUUCAGAUUUUAAAUAAAAAAAACGGUAAAGAAAAUGGAGGCUUGCGCAGUAGAAAAAAUGAAUUUUCCAGAGUUCUUGGCGACCAAGCCAUAAAUUCGGGAUCUAACUUACCUCUCAUCAUUCCCUAAACAUGCAGCAGUUGUGAGAUUGACUCUACAAAUACUUCCAGCCACAUCUCGCCCCACAAAGGCACUCUCUUCACUGAGAUGACUAACCAGAGGUCGCAAUAUGUUCUGGAAAUCCUUCCAGGUGAUCCAUGUGUACAUUCCAGGAGUUUUCAGGGAACUUUCAUGGCAAAUUCCAUGACUACUGAAAUCCGUUUGACGAGCACGGAGAAUCUGAAGCUGAGGUGCUUCCUCAUCAGUGCAGAGCGUCGACAUGGCUUCAAUGUCUUCGGCUGAGGUAGCAUUGGCGGGAACUUUGCAUUCUGUCGUGAUUCGACUGUUUAUUUGGAAGGAUGACUUGAGGAGGCAGUAGUCACUUGCUUGGAUAACUGGGAACAGGAGGAGGAUCACUGAAAUCACGUAACGCAUCUUCGCGAAAUGUUUUCCUGACUUUACACAAGGGCGUUCCAAUUCAAAAUGCCCGGCGUUUAGAAAUAACUUCUCACACGCUCUCUGUGAAGCUUUUCUCAAGAGGCCACUUGUGGGAUUCUCAAAAAGGGAUUUUGCAGUUUGAAGAGAUACUAGUUGCACAAGACCAUCCAAUCGAUAUCAAGGUGAUGAACUAAAUGCGGGGACGAGCCAGGUAAGAGAGAAAAAAAAUGAAUCCGAUUGUGCAAAAGGUUUGAAAUCUUAUCGCGAAGCAAGUAAAUCCCGAGGCAGUGUGAAGAAGACUGCGUCAUAAUGCUUUUUGUGGUGUUGAUUGGGAAUAUAAUUUUUUUUUCCCUCACAAACUCAAUCAAUUGAUAAGAAUGAAGCGAAAAAAUUGAAGAAUGUUCCGCAUUUUGGUCACGCAGAAAAAAAUCAGUUUGCAUAGGUGUGUUGGUGACGGUUGGGAAAUUCAAAAUUUUCUUCCAUGACAAAAUGGGUUGGAGUGCGGCGAAUUUUGGGCGAAAGUGUUUUGAAUAAAUUAUUGAAAAAUCAAGAAAUUAUCAAUUUUUCUUUAUUUUAUGAAUAAAAAUUCGGAAAAAGAGUUGAAUUUUUUAUGAUUUUGGGGAAUUUGGCUCUCUUUUUUGGCGCCUCCACUGAAUUUUUAAGGAAAAUCGCCUCGAUAUGAACUCUAGUACAUCCAUAGGAAAUAUCCAAUGACAUUCCACGAGCUUUUUGCCUUGGAUUAUUUAUAGGGGCCCCACAGUAGUCAUUGUUGAGUGACAUUCAAAGUGGUAGGGAGUGUUUUGUGCUGAGCUCAAGUGAAAAAUUUUCCAAAAGUGCAAUUAUUUGCGUGAAAAGUUGUGUGAAAUACACAUCAAGUGCUUCAAGGUGUUCUCAGGUGCAAAUUGUGUGCUGUACCAAAUUGGAAGAGAGUACAAUUUGGUGGGUGAAAAAGAAGAAUUUUUUUCUGCCUUGUGUGCCCCCCCACAUACGACGAGUACGAACACAAUGACGGCCAUUGUGCUCCCGUGAGUGAGUUGAAUGAAGCGACGGAAAAAGGUGCCCCGCGACGUGAGGUCUUGGCAGAGAUCUUCCCAGGCACAUUGGAGACACACGGGCACAUCCAGCUGGUGGGACGCAGAAGAGAAAGUUCGCGGUGACGGGAGGAAAUUGAGGUGGAAAAGGAGGCGACUUUGGGGGAGUGCGCGCAAUUUUGCACACAGUGGUGGUGGAAAAAUCAAUUUUCCGCACCCACUGCGCCACUCGGACACGGGCAUCUUCUACAUCCGGAAAGGAGGCCAAUGUUCAGAUGUGAAGGAGAAACAAUUUUCGUGAAUCUUGGGGUCAUUGGAGUGCAGUGAAAGAAGUAUUUAAAAAUAAAAGAAAAAUAAAUAAAUAAAAUUGAGUAAAUGUGAGUGUGUAAAAAUAUAUAUAACACGGAGAAACGGAAGACAAAGAGAAAAAAGAAAAACAAGGUCAGAAAAUUGUGUGAAAAAGUGCGGGAGUUGUUACAAAUAUAAAGAAAGAAAAGAAGAAUAGUGAUCUCCAAACCCAAAGUGAUUUUUAGAAUUUUAAGUACCUCUACACACACCCAAAAUUAGAAAUAA